CAACCGCACCGUAGCGGCUUACAUAAACAAAGAAGGCGGCACAAAGUCAGUGACGAUUCUCAAGCAAACACGACGACUUCUAUCCCUUUUGGACAAAUUGAACAUGCAUCUAAUAGCUCAGUAUUUCCCGGGCAGGUACAAUGCCGAAGUGGAUGCUCUAUCACGUCAGAAAGCGAGUCCAGAGUGGCAUCUGAACACUGCAGCGACAACAGUCAUAUUCCAGAUGUGGGGCACACCAGAGAUCGACCUGUUUGCGUCGAAAUCGGCUCACGUCGUACCGAGGUAUGUCACAAUAGAUAUGCAAGACCAGAGUGCUCAACACCACAACGCAUUUUGCCACCAGUGGCACUACAGACUCGCGUGGCUGUUUCCCCCACCAAACCUCAUUCCCAGAGUGCUCAGCCACUUGAACCAAUCCAGCGGGAAAUACAUAUUAAUUGCUCCGAGAUGGAACAAAGUGUUUUGGCAAACGGAUGUUCAGAACAGAGCAAUACGACCACCGUUUGCGAUUCCAGACCUGGAGUACACUCUGUUAGAUACGAGAACAGGCACCCACCCACCAGAGAUUCAAGAUCUAAGAUUAGAAGCCUGGCUGAUUUUGGGUGGCAAGAAAUAUUAACAGGUUGGACGAAUCAAGAACAGGAGCUUUUAAUGUUGAGCUGGCGAGACUCUACUAUCAAAACUUACAAGCCAGCAUGGAAUAGGUGGAGAAAAUGGUGUGACUCAGAGUCUAUUAAUUAUAAGUACCCCAACGCCGAGCAAGUUGCCCGCUAUUUGUCUCAUCUUCAUAGAGACAUCGGCCUCGCCUAUAGAACUAUCCUAGUGCACAAAUCAGUUAUAUCAACAUUUACUCAUUUGACAAGUAACAUUGAUUUGUCAUCAAAUUUUUUUAUAAAACGUAUGCUGAAAGCUAUUUCCACAAUAGACAAGAAGCCUGCAAAACCACCCAUUUGGAAUCCAAAGCUUUUAUUACAAUUUAUGAAUUUGUAUAACCCGGACGAAAACAAUCUUUACCAGGUAUUGAGGCAUACAGCUACACUUUUGUUAUUAGCUUCAGGUCGCAGAGUUCACGAUCUUACAUUGUUAAAUAUUGAUGGCCAUAGUUUAAUUGAUGAAGGCACUAGUAUAGUUUUAUGGCCGGCAUUUGGUUCUAAGACUGACAAUUUCAAUCGUAGACAGUCUGGAUGGAGGCUCAAAAUACACCCCAAUAAGAAUUUAAAUAUGGUUUUCUGGAUAAGAAAAUUAUUGCAGUUAUCUCUAAAUCGUAGACAAAAUAUAACGCAUUUGUUUAUUACAGCUAGAAAUGAAGUUAAACCUGCAUCAAGAACGGUAAUAGGUGGUUGGGUUAAAUCACUUCUAAAAGAAGCAGGUAUUGAAGCAACUCCAGGUUCAGUUCGAUCAGCAGUAGCUUCACUUAACUUUGUAGAAAAUUUUCCAAUUGAUCAAAUUCUAGCAACCGGAAAUUGGAAGGCCAUUAGUACCUUUCAAAAUUAUUAUCAUAGAGAAUUGAUUGAUCAUAAUAGGCAAAAUACUACAGAAUCAGUGUCGUUAUCAAAUUAUUUUGACCCUGUUGAUUAAUAUUCGAUACAUAGUGAUAAAUUAAAGUUGUAUCUAUUUAAUUAUAACUUUAAAUUUGA